GUCUAGAGGAGGAGCUGAGCGCAGAGAGGCGGCAGCGGGCAGGCUCUCAGUCGGGCCGGGAGCUGACGGCCGCCGGAGCGGGAGGCGGCCGGGGGAAGGUGCGGGAGGCGCCGAGAGCCGCAGGGCGGCGGCCGCCCGCGGGGCGGGGGGCUCGGCUGGGCGCCCCAGCAGCGGCCCCCGGGCCCUAUGGUGCCGCGGCGGGACCCGGCUCCUCCUCGCCGCCUUCGGAAGGGGCCCGCGGAGCGGCGCCGGGCAGCGGAGCCCGCCGGCCCCCGCUCUCGGCGGGCAUGAGGAACCUGCCGGUCCUCCUCCUCUCCCUCUGCUGGAGCCUGGGGCGGGUGAAUGGUGUGCUUCCAGAAUGCAGAUUUCAGCUGGAGAUUCACAAGGAGGAAACAAGGUGCAUGGAACUUCUAAAGAAUGUGAAGCCAGUGGACUACAAAGGAUGUGUUGGAGUUUGGGAUAACAUCACCUGUUGGCGUCCUGCAAAGAUUGGAGAGACUGUCACUGUCCCUUGUCCGAAAGUAUUUAGCCUUCUUUCUGGCAAACCAGGAAAUAUUAGCAAAAAUUGUACGAGUAAUGGAUGGUCAGAUAUUUUUCCUGACAUCUUAAGUACUUGUGGAUAUAAUGACUAUGAGGAUGAUCAUAAGGUCAACUUCUAUGUAAGGGUGAAGGCAAUUUAUACUCUUGGACACAGCGUAUCUCUGAUUGCUCUUACAACAGGAAGUAUAAUUCUUUGCCUUUUCAGAAAACUUCAUUGUACUCGGAACUACAUCCAUCUGAACCUGUUCCUCUCUUUCAUUCUAAGAGCAAUCUCUGUUUUAGUCAAGGAUGAUAUUCUCUAUUCCAGCUCCAACACAGCUCACUGUCCAGAGGAUCAAACCUCAUGGGUGGGCUGCAAGGCUAUUUUGGUGUUUUUUCAGUAUGGUGUUAUGGCAAACUUUUACUGGCUCUUAGUUGAAGGACUUUACCUGCACAUCCUCCUUGUGCUAAUAUUCUCCCCAAACAGACACUUCACAGUCUACCUGCUGAUUGGAUGGGGAAUCCCUACCAUAUUCGUUAUUACAUGGACAGUGACACGGAUCAUUUUAGAGGACACGGGUUGCUGGGAUACAAAUGAGCAUGGUGGUCCCUGGUGGGUUAUACGAAUACCAAUUCUAAUCUCUAUUAUAGUGAAUUUUAUACUUUUCAUUAGUAUUAUAAGAAUCUUACUGCAGAAGUUACGAUCUCCAGAUGUUGGAGGAAAUGACCAGUCACAGUACAAGAGACUUGCAAAAUCCACGUUGUUGCUCAUUCCGUUGUUUGGAGUUCACUACACAGUGUUUGCUCUAUUUCCUGACCGGAGUUCCAAUAAUUAUAAAAUAAUCUUUGAGUUGUGUUUGGGAUCUUUUCAGGGGUUGAUUGUUGCAGUCCUGUAUUGUUUUUUGAACAGUGAAGUACAAGGGGAACUGAAAAGAAAAUGGCGGAGUUUGUGCUGGAAGCAGACAGCAGGCAGAGAUUACAGACUCCACAGCUCUUCGAUUUCUCAAAAUGGAUCAGAAAGCGUUUCUCACCUCCACCGGAAUUCAAGGGCUCAGUCAUUUGUGCAGACAGAGACCACCAUGACAUAAAUCAGAUACAUUCCCCAAAACAUGAAAAACUGUGGGAUAUAUAUCAUUCAUUAUACAGCUUGACGUGAUAUUUUAUAAAAUGUACAGUUUAGUGCUUUGCUUUUCUACAUGUUGGUAUUUGGGAAAUUGGUUUGUGCAGCCAACCAGUUAAUAACAGACACCUGCCUCGUGGAUGAUUUCUGGUUUUUUUGUAAAUGGUAUUCCUAUUAAUUCUGAUGUUCUCUUGCAGUUUACCAGCCGUAACUAUUCAAAAACUCAUUUGCUAUAAUGGUCCCUUCACCCUCCAACAUGUCUACAAGAUAGAUGUAUGGUAUCCUGUUUUGGUACAUGUUGAAAAGUUAAGACGGAAAGCAAAAAAGUUUCUUACACUUUAUUUAUACUUAAGGAAACAUUUAUUUCCUUGAGGAUUAGGAAAUUCUUUCCUAAUUAUGGAAAACAAAAUAAAGAAAUGUAAGACUAUAAUGAACCACGCUGGGAGUUUAGUGUGCUAAUCCAGGAAAUCAUUAACAUUAUACAGAGGGGGAAAAAGGUAAUACUUCUUGGCUAAUUGUAUACAUUUCAGAGAUUUCUUUCUACGGAGUUUAAUUCCAAUUCUGUUUUUCCUUUCAAAAGUGCCUGGGUUUAUGUUUAGGUUGAGAAAGUAGGGCUACCUUUGCAGUCCGUACAGAAAAGGUUACUGUAAUAGUUUUGAUGAAAACAUCAUCAUUUUCCAAUAGUGCUAUUGCAAUCACCAGUUUCUUCUGUUUAAAAUCAGAGAUAUUUGUUGAUUUUUUAUUAAACAACUUUCUGAAGAGGUGCUUUAUUGCUAGAGCAGUCUGGCAUAGGAUUAACAGCCUUGGAUAGCCUGUUACCCAUUGAAAAUAUAAUUUUUAUGUAAUAUUUUCACUGAAAUAUGUCUCUAGAACUACAUACUUGGCAGCUAAAACAAGGAAUAUUGCAAUAAAGUUACAACUCCCAUUUAAGGGAUGAUGUGAAGUCUUUUAGCUUAAUUCUAUUCUGUAUCAAUCUGAGCUGAUUCAAAAUUUAGUCCUGACCAUGACUCCAGCAAAAAAAAUUAGACAGAAUCCUUAAAAAUUACCAUAAAAGGCAUAAAUAGAAGGAAUUCUAAACAACACCAAGCCUCCUAUGUAGCCACUUUGUAAAAAAAAAGGCAGAGAACUGACAGAUUCUUAUAAACAUACACAGAACAUUUGCACUCUUUAAAAGAAAUAAACCCAGUGAUGUUUACUUCUCAUGUCAUGUUUAACCAUGUCCACUCUAAAUAGCAAGUGGGAAUAAUAUACAUUUGCAUGAGUACCUCUGAACCGUAACAGCAAUUGCCCUGAUAUUUCAGAUCACGGAUGUAUGGAGCUAGCAGGAUCCAAGGUCCAUAAUAUUGCCAGGCGAAGGGAAGAACAGCAGCAAGGGCACGUGCUGGCAGGCGUACACGUGCGCUCUGGCAAACAUCGCCACUACUGGCAGUAUUGGCAGCUGUCAAGGUGUCCAUACGCCUCUCAGUCUGAUUUAAUUUAGCUGUUUAUCAGUCGAACACAAUUUAUUUUAAUGGAAUUACCCUGGAGUGAGACAAAGUUAUGUCAGACCAAAGACAGAAAAGGCUCCGUGGUUCACAGGAGUCAGGCAGAACAGGUAACUCUGAAUGUUACAUGACACCAGCCUUUACAUAUUAGGUAUCAUUUGAGUUAAGCAAUAAUCACGUGAUGAUUUUUUACUUUGCCAGAUUUGGUUAAAGACGCUAUUAUCACCUCCAGUCGCUCAGAGUGUUCUCUGCUGUCGCUUGGUGAAGUAGCUGUGAGAAUCUGGAGCAAAGCAGGCUGCCCAGUGACAGUCCCACGGGGUCUAAAGAUAUGCCCCUACUUAAACUAAACAUAUUCCCAAAAGGCUUUAGACUCAGAAACCACUGCUAAACUUUAGUAUUUUUUCCUGGGUGUCUGAACAACCUUAUCAACAAACUCUUAACUGAAAAUAUAUGAAGAUAGAUUGGAGCUUUGGGGGCUGCUCCUAUACCUAAAUUAAAUGGGUCUGUGCACUUCAGGCUUCUUUGUCUGAAGUGGCAUUGGGACUGCUCGGCUCCCUGAGAUGUGACAUGCAGGAUGUACUUUUUUCCCAACGUUUCUAGGGUAGAAAGACACCCUUGAGAAGCAUUGAACCGUACUCAUCUUUCUGUUCAAAGGAGGUUUGUUGAGUGAGUUGGCACACAGACAGAGUGAUCGUAUAGAAAUAGAGAUUCCAAGCAAUCAGUUCCAUCGGUCUGUUCUGCAUGGUGCAUCACCAAUUAUACGUGUUUAUAAUUCACUGUAUCCUAGAGAAAACUGUCUUUGUUCUAAUUAAGUGAGCAUGGAGAAAAUUUGCAUUUUAAUGAUUUCUCGAUUAUAAGACAGAAAAGCCUAAAUAAGAAAAUACAUUUUAAGUUGCAAUGAAACAACAUAGUUUCCUGUAGCAGGGCACAGAUGCAUUUGAACUUGAUUCUCCUUCUCCUGUAGGGAGUAAUGCCGGCUGAGACCAUGAAGUUGCACCAGGGGGAGAACACGGAUGGUGUCGCUAAGUUUGUAAAGGACUGUGCAGGCAUGCAAAGAAUGGCACGCAAGGGAGGGAGGUGCUGCAUAUAUUUUCCUUACGAACCAGUGAAAAGUGCAGUACUUUGUAGAACCUCACCCCUCUGUUAAAAAUCAUAGAAUCUAAGUACAGAAAAUAUGUUUUCUGUGAGGCAGUUUAACUUCAUAAGGCUUUGUGCAAGCAUUUUAACAUCAGUAAAGGCCCCUCCGAAAAGCCAGUAGCACAUCAUGUAAAGUUACUGAACAAGAACGGUAAUACAAUUCAUUCUCAUAAUGUGGUUAAUUGUUGUAUUUUAUUUUCUUUGGAGCUGCCAGGGCGGCACCGUUCAUUCUGAGUGAUUUUUACCAGCAUUACCUGCUGAUGAUGCCUGAGGGACAGAGCGACAGAUUACUCUCCAAUUGCUAACCAUGAUCAAAAUCUAAAUAUAUAGCGAGCGUUGACUGCAGUUUUCCUCUGCAGAGUCGAUUUCAGCUAGGUGCUCGAUAGACUCGGGUGAAAUUCAUCUGCCCUUGUCUCCAUAUCUAAAAGCUGGAUGUCUGUCUCUGAGCUAAAGACUCUUUUUAAGUGCCUUCCAAAGUCAUCAUAGAGAAAUAGGCACUAGUUGAAGACGAUGCAUCCCAGGUUCAGCUGGGCAUCUAAGGUGGGUUACCUGAAUCACCGUUUUCUCUAUGCUUACUAUAAAAUGAGCCCAGGGUACUUAGAUUUCUCAUGCUACAUCUAAAAUUAGGUAAGAUGAACAUCUCCAGAAGAGGCCAUUCAGUUAUCUGGCUAAUAUUACCCAGAUGCUCCUUUUUAAGCCAAGUAACUUGGUUUGGUCAAAGUGAUCCUCCAAAAAAAUGUGCAGGAUGAUUCAAAAGUUCAGGCAAUGGAGGAUCCAUCAGUUCAUUUGGUAGGGUGUCCCUGCGGUUGACUGCCUUCCUUGGUAAAGCCAAUAGCCUUAUGUCCUGCUUUGAUUUGCCUGGCUUCAGCUUUCAACAGUUGUUUCUUGUUUUGGGUUAAGUGUUUGGCUUUUUCUCUUUUGUAGAGGGAUCAUACGCUUUAGACUACCAGAAGUUUUCUUUAUGUGAAGUCUCUUGAAAAUCACUCUAAGUCAUGUCUUGAUUUCCUCUCUGAGAAACUAAACAUGUCAAAUAUUUCAAAUUCUGACAGCGAGGCAUUUUCUCACAUAUUUCCGCAUUCUCUUCUGUGCCCUGUUCCAAUCAUAAUAGCUUUGGCCAAGAGAAGCAAAGGAAGUAUUUCGGUAUCCCCUUCAGGAGUGACGGCACCAUUGACCAUUUCUCACUCCCACUUGCAGCUCACCUGGUCAUGCCUUUGAAAUCUUUUGACUUUACGUAGUCAUUUUAACUGACCAGGAACCGGCAAGUGACGUGCAAUGAGAUUAUUGCUGGCAUGAUUUUUGCCACAUAAGCUAGUACCUUUACUUAAUAUGUUGGCCUUUUUAAAACAUGGGUCAGGUGCAUUAAUGAGCUUUGCAAAAUAACCUUGGGAAUAUGGAGAGUGUCCCUUUAGCCAUCGAAAGUAGUGCUAGCUUUCAUGAAGUUUUAAGAAUUUGGCAUGGAUUUAAGUGCAUGCUCCAUGCAGGAGUGCACAAGAGCCCAGCAGAUUGCAGGUGACCGGCAUGGUGAUGGAUGCUGCAGGUACCCAGCUGAGGAACUACCCGGUUUAUGCAUACCUUGGAGCUGUACUGUAGUGACAAUAACUAAUUGGUGGCAAAAAGCAUUACAAAAAGCCACCUACAGUCAAGCUGGAGGCAGCCUGCCGCACUCUGUAGCAUCUACUUCAUGUCCUGAUGCAUUCCCCUCUGCCUUUAACGUGAUGAAGAGGAAAGCAACAGUACAGACCCUCAGCAAACCAGAGAAUCCAUCUGGGACGGCUUUAUGAAAUAAGUCGCCAGCUUUACGAACAAGCACAUUACCAGGUGCACACGUCUCACACUCCAUCUGUAAGGACUAUGAUGAGUCAUUUGCAUUAUUUGUCUCCCGUUGACUGUGAAUUUGUCCAUUUCAUUCAGAGUGAUUGUGAAUAAAGUCCAAAUUCACUUUAUACAGAAUUUUUUCAGACACCUCUAAAGAGAAAUCAAGCAUUAAGUAUGUCUUAUAAGAAGGAAGAACCGGCAAGUAACCUGCAGAGAAAGCUGCUAUUUAUAUAGGGGUUAUUGUCUGAGCAAUUACAGUCUGUGCACAGGAAAUACUUCCACUAACAAAAGUACCUUCACAUGACCAUGAGUGCCUAUGUAAGCUGUGGGCUGUCAGUACUACCCUGACAUAACCAAAUAGCAGAAGUUAGUAUGCAGUGCUAUUCUGCUGAUGAAAAAAACAAUAUUAAAAUAAUAGUGAUGUGUUCUAACACGUAUGUUACGGGAGUACAUCAGGAUAACACUUAAAAGGAACAUUCCUGGAUAUGGUUUAACCACUCUGUGUUAAAACUGGUUCUGCCCAUGAUAACAGUAUGUAGUUAUAUCAAAGUCAGUAACAUUUCCAUUGUCAGCUAAAGCAGUGGCUGAAGUGCCCCAACCCCCUUUAUUUCCCAAAGCACUGUAGUAAGUUUAUGAUAACCUGCAGCUUUUCUUUUUUCCUGGCACGUAAGGAUGAGUAUUGGCUUGAAAUUUUCUUUUGUCAUCUUUAUCAGUACCUUUUUAUCUGUCAAGUAUGGUAAAAAUUAAAGAUGAUGUAAAUGAAUGUGAUUAUUUUUUACAAAAUGUACAGAUUAUGAUGUUGUAUAGAUUAAUGUGCGUAAAUAGAUUUCCUUUUCAUACUGUAAUUCACUUUAUGGUUCUUCUGGUUUUGCUCUUUUGUUCUUUCCUGUUUUCAGUUUUUAAUGUCACCUACCUAACAGCCUUCUCUGAGAUAUGUUAUAUAUAAAGCUGUGAACAAAUAAGUGUUUACAUCUUUAUGCUAUUAGUGAUAAUAGUAGUUAAUAACACCAUAAUGGACUGAA